CCUCUGCAAACCCAGAUCUGGGUUCUCUCUCAAACUUCAUCUUUUUCCUCCUUUCCUCCUACCUUUCCCUGCUCAUAAAGUUGCUCCCUUCUUCAGCUUUCACUGGUGAUGAAACUGCUCCUUCUUCGGCUUUCUCUCCCGGCGACCCACCCCUUCAUCUAUUAUUCCCUUUUCCCUACUCUCAUGCCCCUUCUCAUGCGUCCGGCAUGUUGUCAUCGCCGAACCGACUCCCACCUCUCUUUUCGUUUUAUUACUAUAUUCCAAUUCCAAUCCGCCAAAACCUAAAUCGCCGAAUUUUCUCAAACCACCACAACCCCUAAUCCACGCAUCCCCACCAUGGGUGACCUCACGGAUCCCUCCUCCGCCACCCAUAAUUCCCGUCCCUUGCCUGUCCGUGAAGACUGCUGGUCGGAAGAGGCUACGUCCACCCUCGUCGACGCCUGGGGCCGCCGGUAUCUUGAACUUAACCGCGGCAACCUCCGUCAGAAGGACUGGCAAGACGUUGCUGAUACGGUCAACGCCCUCCAUGGUCAUACCAAGAAGACGCACCGUACGGAUGUUCAGUGUAAGAACCGGAUCGAUACCAUCAAGAAGAAGUACAAGGUUGAGAAGGCUCGGAUCACCUCCUCUAGCGGAACCCUAACUUCCCCUUGGCCGUUCUUUGACCGUAUGGAUUCUCUAGUCGGACCUAACUACGCCCCCAAGAAGCCGUCGCCUUCCCGGAAGCUCUCUCCCAAACCGUCACCGAGAUUGUCUCCUAGGAUCUCGGGAUCGCCUCCGGUGGCGCUGCCGCUUCCGCUACCGUAUAGGAGGACGCCGACGCCUGCGGCCAGGGUUACUAUGCCACAGAAAAGGGGUUCGGCGUCGGUGGACGAUGGGUAUUUUAGAAGAAAUUAUUCGGCCCUUGCUGCAGCUGCAGCAGCAGCAGAGAGUGAAGAGGAAGAAGGAGCUGAAAGCGAGGGAGAAGAAAGUGAUCAAGGCGAAGGGGAAGAGAAGGAGGGGAUGAGGAGAUUGGCUCGAGCAAUAGAAAGGUUUGGGGAGAUGUACGAGAGGGUGGAGGGGGAGAAGCUGAGACAGAUGGUAGAAUUGGAGAAGCAGAGGAUGCAGUUUGCUAAGGAUUUGGAGGUACAGAGGAUGAGGAUGUUUAUGGACACGCAGGUGCAGCUGGAGAGGAUCAAGCGUGGGAAACGCUCGGGGUCAAGUGAUAUUUAUAGCUAACUUAUGGGACAGAGCUUCAACUGUUUAUUGGGUGGGGCAGGAAUUGAAGAAUAUUGAAUUUUAUACAUACAGUUCUAGUUGAGUCUGGCCUCCAAAUUACUUGAGAAGUUGGUGGAUAAUGCUGCCAGAGUUCAAAAUUGUUUUUGCAUCCCAUUCCCUCUUUUUGCUGGGGCGAAAAUUGAACUCACUGUAACUUUUUUAUCUACUUAAGCCUACAUCUGGCUCAACUCUUAUGUUUAGUAAUGAGACUCUCUAACUUGGAUUAGAUUUUUGUAAGUCCUCUUUUUUUUUUUCUUGCAUUGUUAAUGUAUAAGAUCAGUUGUAUCCCGAAUUUCUUUUCU